GAGAAACUUUAUGCUUGGAGUUUUGGAGAAUCAAAAAGAGAGGUUUUGCCCUUCGAGAUUUGGCAUGAAAAUUGCGCCUCUGACUAUUUUCUACAAUGAAAAAGUUACAAUUUUCGAAGUCUUCAGUGAAAAGGUGGAUGGAGUUCUAAAGUUUGCAGAAUCGUCAAAACAACCAAUGUUUGUGAAAACCUUAAGCGAAGAUGUACCAUUGGCAACAAGAAAAUCAUCGGUUAAAUUCUUGGAAAAGCGAAAAGAGAGGAUGAUUAUGGUAUCACCUUAUGGUUUUCCCCAUGCUGACCCUGGAAACAAGAAUUAG